AUGGCACCAAGAUGGAAAGGAAAAGAUGCAAAAUCGAAAAAGGAUGCAGAAGCCGAGGCACUUAAAGAACCCAUGUCAAAGAUUAUAUCGCAACUUCAGUCUUCUUUAGUUCAAUCAAAUGCAUCUGGAUUUCUCUCUGAUAAUUGUGUACACUUAGCAGUGCAAGCUGAACAACUUGACCUACUUGAUAAAGCAUGCUUUGGUCGACCUGUGAGAAACGUUGAAAAGGACACGUAUUGGUUUCAAUUAACCUUGGAGGAAGCAUUUUACCUAUGUUAUUCCUUGAAAUGUCUAAAGAUUAACGGCGGUGCUGAAUCUGGUGAUUCAAAUGAUGAUGAGCUGUGGCAUUACUUCAUAUCCAAGAAAGAAGCAUUCCCUUUCUUCUACAAGGCUUAUUCUCACCUUCGAAUGAAAAACUGGGCUGUAAGGUCAGGGGCUCAGUAUGGUGUAGACUUCAUUGUCUAUCGCCACCAUCCGGCUCUGGUGCAUUCUGAGUACGGUGUACUUGUUGUAUCACAUGACAAUGAUGAUAAUCUAGAUGGAAGACUGAGAGUAUGGUCUGACGUUCAUUGCACUACUCGACUUCUUGGAAGUGUCGCAAAAACUUUAUUAGUUUUGCAUGUUAAUAAAAAUGGUCACAGUGAUGAGUCUCCAUUAUGUUUGGAAAACUAUGCCAUUGAAGAGCACACGAUCUCUAGAUGGAGUCCAGAACAAUGUCGUGAAAGAUCCAUAUAG